AUGCCAUUACAAAAUCUUCCUCCUGAAGUGCUCGUCAAAAUUAUCAACAGUCUCCCUACUGUGGGGGAUGUUGUGGCCUUGUCGUACCAAAAUCGAGGGCUGCAUAGUACCAGCGAUGUCUCCAAUCGCCAAAAAUAUCAUCAAUUUCAGCUUGGCCGAGAAGGACAGGAGAUUUUUACAGUCCAGCUGCAGGCUGGUCAGAACAUGCUGCUUGAAACCUUGGCCAACCCCUCUCUCGGAGGCUAUCUUCGUCGCCUAGUCUUGUAUGGGAGUGAAACGGGCUCCGGCUUUCCUCCCUACGAAUCCGAGCCCGUUCCUUAA